CCUACGACAACGAGCAGCGUCUGCACCUUGGAUCCUCGCCGCGAACUCCUCCUAUGAUACUUUCUGGGCGUAACCGAUACUCUCCAGCUCCGCAUUCAAAUUCAAGUCGGAUGCGGCUAGCCGCUGCACAAACUCCUUCAACUGGCACUCUGGUGGAACCACGUCGAACUUUCAAAAUCGUCAGCGAAUUUCCACAGAGCGAGGUCCGCGACCUCGAUCUGCCACCUGCACUGGGGAGAAUGCGUGGCCACGAGCCGCACUACUUGGUUCGACCACGCUGGGAUGGGACGCCGAAGUGCGCCCUGGCACAAUCUUACCGUAUGCGGGUCGCCCGCCCAUGAGCCCUCCCUCUUCCGAGGAGGAGCGCCCCUCCCCGCUCGCCCCUGGCCCUCGCCAACGGCACACGGGGCCGGCGACGCGCACUCCGCGGGCGCAAGGCGCGCGCCCUCCGGCACGCGCCGUCGGCCCGAAGCGUAGUCGAGGACAGCACGUUGAACAGCACUCGGGCGCCCCGUCUCACGACCCGGACCCCGCCCCGCCGAAGAGGUCUGGUCAGCCGCCCGCCCUCGCCCUCGCCCUCGCUACGACGGUGGCUUUGCGGAGGCAGCGCCACGAGAAAGGCCGCCCCUUCUCUUCAGGAGCCAGCUUCUUCCCUGCCGGGAUGCACGUGUGACAAAACGGGCAGAGGUCACCGUUUUUGCAGCCGCGCUCGGCGAACAAGCAAGGGCGGCACCUACCCGUCGAGUGCAGGAUAGACUCCCGUGUCGGACCUACGUCAGAGUUGGCCCCAUCCCGGCACGCGGUGCCAUCGAGUCAGGCGGACGAACCCCCGCUAACGGCGUGGGCCACAGCUCCGGCGCCUGCCGCUGCAGCCCGGGCGGGCCCGCGGCCAGGCGGGCGAGCACGUCAGUCAGUCGCGGGUCCUAUGGUUGGGGAAUACAUGUCCGUAGCGGCGGCCUGGUGGGCCGGGACCACGGGGCCACGACCCCGCGGAUACGGGGCGCCUUUGAUUCGCGGAUGGCCUGCGCAAAAGGUAUCCGCACGACCGCACAUCCGCGGGAUCGCGUCCCGGAAUCCAGACCGCAAGGGCGCGGAUGCGGAUGUGUUCGCCGCUCGCGAGCUCCUGCAACUGCUCUUGCAGCUGCUCGAGGAUCUGCACCGUGGCCCCUGCCUGCUGCUCAGCCGGCGCGGGCACGCCGAUCGAGUCGUCGGCUUCGCCCUGAGCCUUACGACGUCUGCCCGAGCCCGUGUACGCGGCGGCGGCAGCCGCUGCUGAGGCAGCCAUCGGAGGUGGGUCCGCGCUCGCCACUGCAUCAGCGAAGACGGGUAUAGCUACACCUUCAAGCGACAUCGCGAAGAAACUACAACAGCGCACUGCUAUCUUUUCUGGGCUUCGCGGAUGCACCUGCAAAAGGCUCCCCCUACCUUGUGAGGGGGAGCCGGCCGUUGCGAGCCUUUCGACUGGAGCCGAAGAUGCU